GAGGAAGGACUCGGGGAGAGGAGCGCGCCGGAGCAGAAGCCCCUGGCCGGAGCCUGGGGAGCCCGGGGCCGGCCAGCGAGUCCCGACGAGGUACACGGGUUCACAGUCUAGCUUUUUCCAAGAGCAGCAGAAAAUGAAUGAAUCCCAGGGGUCAGUAUCGUUCAGGGAUGUGGCUGUGGACUUCACCCAGGAGGAGUGGCAGCAGUUGGACCCUGAGGAGAAGAUGACCUACAGGGACGUGAUGCUGGAGAACUACAGCCACCUUGUCUCCGUGGGUUAUGACAGCACCAAACCCAACGUGAUCAUCAAGUUGGAGCAAGGAGAAGAGCCAUGGGUAGUAGACAGCAAGUUCCUACAGCAGCAGCAUUCAGAAAAAGUCUGGAAAGUUGGUGACCUGAUACAGAGAAUGCAAGAAAAUGAAGAUGAAUGUUCAAGGCAAGCUGUUUCUAUCAGCAGCAGAACGCUGACCAAGGAGAGAGAGGAUGCAUUUGAUAAAACAUAUAACGUGGAAACAAGUCUUGCUCCUUUAAAUCUAAUGUCUUAUAAUUGUGUCUCAUGUGGGAAGACUUUGGAAUCUACUUCAGAAUUAAUUAUUAGUGAUGGAAGCUAUGCAAGAAAGAAACCGGAUGAGUGUAAUGAAUGUGGGAAAACAUAUGGAGAGAAACUGUAUGAAUUUCAUCAAAAUGGGGAAGCCUGUUCUCAAAAUGAAGAAAGUAUUCAGAAAAUUAGUAUUUUGGAGAAACCCUUUGAAUAUAAUGGAUGCACAGAAGCCUUAGACAAUGAAGCCGUUUUCAUUACUCAUAAGAGCACUUAUAUGGGGGACAAGUGCUAUGAGUGGAAUGAUUCUAGACCUGACUUCAUCCAGAUGUCAAAUUUUAAUAUAUACCAGAGAUCGCAGAUGGACUUGAAGCCCUUUGAAUGCAGUGAGUGUGGAAAAUCCUUCUGCAAAAAGUCAAAAUUCAUUAUACAUCAGAGGGCUCACACAGGAGAGAAACCUUAUGCAUGUAACGUAUGUGGGAAAUCCUUCAGCCAAAAAGGAACCCUCACCGUGCAUCGGAGAUCACAUUUAGAGGAGAAGCCGUAUAAAUGCAAUGAGUGUGGGAAAACCUUCUGUCAAAAGUUGCACCUCACACAACACCUGAGGACUCAUUCAGGAGAGAAGCCCUAUGAAUGUAAUGAGUGUGGGAAAACCUUCUGCCAAAAGACACAUCUCACCCUACACCAGAGAAACCAUUCAGGAGAAAGACCCUAUCCAUGUAGUGAAUGCGGAAAAUCCUUCUCCCGCAAGUCAGCUCUUAGCGACCACCAGAGAACCCACACAGGAGAGAAGCUUUACAAAUGCAAUGAAUGUGGGAAAUCCUACUACCGGAAAUCCACACUCAUCACACACCAGAGAACACACACAGGAGAGAAGCCCUACCAGUGCAGUGAGUGUGGGAAGUUUUUCUCUCGGGUAUCAUACCUCACUAUCCAUUACAGGAGUCACUUAGAAGAGAAGCCCUAUGAAUGUAAUGAAUGCGGGAAAACCUUCAACCUCAACUCAGCCUUUAUCAGACAUAGGAAAGUACACACAGAUGAGAAGCCCCAUGAAUGCAGUGAGUGCGGGAAGCUCUCACACCUCACCAGCCUUCACACAACUCAUCUAGGAGAGAAGCCCUAUGAAUGUAGUGAGUGUGGGAAAACCUUCCUUGAAAACUCAGCUUUCGAAGGGCAUCAGCCGCUUCCCACAGGGGAGAAGUCGUAUGAAUGUAACAUAUGCGGGAAGGUGUUCUCUGAGCUGUCGUACUACACCAUACAUUAUAGGAGUCAUUCAGAAGAGAAACCCUACGGGUGUAACGAGUGUGGGAAAACCUUCUCCCAUAACUCGUCCCUCUUCCGACACCAGAGAGUCCACACAGGAGAGAAGCCUUACGAGUGUUACGAGUGUGGGAAGUUCUUCUCUCAGAAGUCUUAUCUAACAAUACAUCACAGGAUCCACUCGGGAGAGAAACCUUAUGAAUGUAGCAAGUGCGGGAAAGUCUUCUCUCGGAUGUCAAACCUCACUGUGCACUACAGAAGCCACUCAGGAGAGAAGCCCUACGAAUGUAAUGAAUGUGGGAAAGUCUUCUCUCAGAAGUCAUACCUCACUGUGCAUUACAGGACUCAUUCAGGAGAGAAGCCGUAUGAAUGUAGUGAGUGUGGGAAAAAAUUCCACCACAGGUCGGCCUUCAACAGCCAUCAGAGAAUUCACAGGAGAGGGACCUUGAAUGUACUUGACAUGGGAAGUCUCCUCUGAAGUUAGUUCUCAUUCUAGAAAAUCCUCUGCACAUAAUGGAUGUGGAAAGUCCAGCUGAGAGUCAGAUACCACUGUCUGAGAGUUCCUGUUUCUGAACGAGGAAAAGCGUUUAGGCAUUGGGUUGAUUCUAACCUGAAUUUUCACAAAGACCAAUCCCUAAAAACACAAGAAGCAAAGCUUUCAGCAACUCAUUGGACAACUAGACAGUUUAUACAAGAGUAAAACUCUAUAAAUAUUUAAUAUUUAUUUUGGAUUCCAAUUGUAUUUACAUAUCAGGGAGUCAUACUGAGGCUAAAUCUGUUGAAGCGAUGAAUGUCGAAAAUACAUUGUCUUGGCAGUUGUUAUACUAAAAGCCAUAUU